CCUGAUCACAAACACUCGCUGACAGCCCCCUCCCCCCCCCCCCCCCGAGACAAAAGCAACACAGGUCGCUGGCGAGUGAAUUAAUGCCCAGUGACGGGGGAGGCGAUGGCACCCUGAAGCUGCCCAUGGCACCCUGAAGCUGCCCGCAUCGUGCUGUCUGCCGUCGCCGUGCGGCUCUUCAGAACCAGUGUGUGAGGAAGAAUGUUAUAUUGAAGAAGCAAUUUCCACUGACAGAUUUCCAUGAUGGAAGAUUUCAAGAAAACUUAUCUUCGCCUCUGUAAAGAGUAUUGUAUUGAACCCCUGGACUGCAUUUUGAAUCAGUUGACCGAAACCUGUGAUGGAAACCUAAAAAAAAGGCUGGAUCUUUCGACACAGUCUCUCUCUGUUGACACAUGUGCAGUACUGGGAAAGGUUUUAAUGAAUGACAUUGUGUUUGCAGAAAUAAUGCUUUGUGACUGCAUGCUGAAUGAAGAAGGUGCCAGGUAUCUGUUGUGUGGACUAUCUACGAACACCGUAAUUCAAACCUUAGACCUUAAGGGUAAUAAUCUGCGAGCAGCUGCAGCUGAAGCACUGGGAAAGCUGCUGCGACAAAACAAGUCUCUCAAGAGGUUGAUAUUGGAAUGGAAUGCUAUUGGAAUGUGGGAAGAAGGAUUUGGCAUCUUCUGUGAAGGAGUGAAAGCCAGCAAGCACCUUAAACAUCUAGACUUACGCAAUAAUCAGAUCAACCACCAGGGUGUGGGAGAGUUGGCACUGGCCUUAAGACACAAUGAUACAUUGGAGGAGCUGGAUCUUCGGUGGAAUAAUGUUGGCCUAAUAGGUGGGCGAGCAUUACUCAAUGCAUUACAACAAAACAAGUCCUUGGUGCGGCUAGAGCUCGCUGGAAACAAUAUUCCCAGUGACAUCUUGAAAGCCAUAGAGCAAGCAAUAGAUCACACCUCGGAAUGCAAAACAACUAAGAAGGAAAACAGAGUUCGGUCAAAAGUCCUCAGCAAUGAGAUCCAGUGCCUGAAAUCAGAAAAAAAUAAACAGUAUCUCAACCUGAUGGGUGUAAUUGAUCAACAAAAGGAUGAAUUGUGCCAAACCAACAGGACUUCCACUGUACAAGUUGGACAUUUACAAGAAGCAUUAAACGAGAGGAGUUCUAUCGUCAAUUCUUUGCGGGCAAAAGUACAAAUGUCAGAAGCUGCCUUAACAUUGUCAGAACAAAAGACAAAUAACCUGAAAGAACUCUUGGAGAAGGCAAGAUUGGAAAAUUUUGAGUUGAAAGAAAAGCAUACAAAGGAGCUUAAAAAUGAGCAAGAGGGAUCGAGUAAUCGAGAGACAAAGUUAACCAGAGAAUUAAAUACAACAAACCUUAAAACCAUGGAGCUCAAAAACAAGGUAGAUGAAUUGGAACGACGGAGUAAAAGCCAGCACGAUCAGAUCUGCCAUCUGAAGCAAGAAUUGAUCAGCAUGACUGCAGACAUGAAACGGAAAGUAGCGCAAACUGAAGAGCGCCUAGAAGCUGAGAAGAAGAGAUAUAAACAAGUGCUGGAUGAUACAGAUGCAGUACGGCAGAAAGAGAUGAACCACAUGAAACAUAACCUGGAUGAGACACAGCGGUCACUGCAGGAAAGGAUUCACAAACUUGAAGACGUUAAACUUCAGCUGGAAGAAGACUUAAGCCGGGCAAAGGCAGCUGCGAUAACUGACCGGGCACAAGCUGAAGAGGAGCAGAUCAAAAUAAGGAAUCACGCACGAUUGGAAGAGCAACAGAGAUUAGUUCACUUGGAAGAGAAGGUACAUCACCUUAAUCAGUCGCGUGAUGAAAUCCAGAAUCGUUGCACAGUCCAGACACAAACCAUCACUGAGCUACAAGGAAAGAACAAUAAGCAUACAUUUGAAAAUGAAAGUUUAAAGCGCCGAAUCGAAGAUCUAAAUCAGGAGCUAUCUGGCAAGGAUCAAGAGAAGGUUGCAGAGGUAAAUAAUGUACGAGUGGAGCUCCAAGAACAAAUUGGCCAUCUACAGGCAGAGAGAGCAGCACAGGAAGGACUCAAGGAGAAAAUUUCUGCCUUAGAGAGGCAAUUGAAAGUACAGUCAUGUAACCAUCGAGAAACCUUGCUGGAUAAAGAUGGUGAAAUUUCCUGCCUAUUAGAAAAAAUCCGUCUGAAAGACAACGAGAUAAUUCGGAUGAAGGAAGAUGAAGCACAACGAGCCAGCUUCCUACACAAUGCCAUCAUCUCCUACGUGCAAGGUUCUCCUCUCGGCAGCCAGUGUACAAAGAAAUGAAAUGUUACAGCAGGAAAAACAGAAAUGUGGGCAACUAGUACAGAGAGACAGAUUUUUUUCCUUCAAAUUUUGGAUUGUAAAUUGAUGCAUAAUUGCAAAUCCUUUGGAGAAAUAUUUAUAUUUUUGGUACAGACUAACUCAAUCCACAUGUAGAGAGAUGGCGGAUGAUGUUUGCAAUGCUGUGUGUCAACAGAAGAAAGGUUCUAAAUGAGAUGAUUUAUGAUGUAAAACAAAUUUUGAUGGUAGACAAUCAAGUCUGAGAAAAGGUACAAGACUGAAAAAUUAUAGCCUUUAUUUGAUUAUUGUAAUUGUAAAUAUGUUUGUGGUGAUUCAUGUACAGAUUAUCAGAGAUUAGUUUGCUUCAUGGGAGAUUUAAGUAAUUGGCUUGGUAAAAAUGAUGUGCAAUUUCUGUUUUGGGGUUCUUUAAUGUUUCCGUGGGGAAAUCCUGCAGUUUGCUUCUUUCACUAAAAUUUUAUAUUUUAUACUUUGACAUCUCGAAAUCAGAAUGUGCAAUUCACAGUUCUUAACACUAUCUAUUAAUGUUCAGUGAAUCUCUGGUGGAUGAUGAAAUAUUCUGUCCAAACAUAUGGGACUGCACAGAAGCUGUUGAACUUUACAAUUUCUGUGCCUUCAUCCAUAAAAAUCUCCUACGGAGAUUAUUUGCACGGUGGUGUUGAAAACUGGUAUAUGUACGUGACUGUGAAUGUACAAGAGAGUGGAUUGGCACCUCACCUUUGAAGUCUCUUGCAUCAACUGUUACUCCAUAAUAAUGUAGAACCAGGACAUCCCAAAUGGUAAAAUUAAUUUAUCCUGUUGAGAGGGGUGGUGAGGUGGAAAACGUUACUGGUGUACUACAACGUAUGGACAUUUGGGCAAGUGAGAAAGUGGGUACACAUUUUGAUGAGAUAUUUUCCAAAGAAAAUUAUGUAAGAUGUUACAUCAACAUCUGAUAACAUUGAGUUGUAUAGUUUCUCAAUGUCUGGACCUUAAUCUACAUGAGGAAAUGCAUAUAGUCUGUUUUGCUUAGUAUCAUAUGGAAGAGAACAGGGCUCUGGCUAGAUGCUUGAAGGUUCCCUCAAGUAAUAACAAGGAGUUGGAAAGAAAACCCAAAAGGGAGAUGUUCUGAGUGAGUACAUCUGGAGAGAUAAAUAAGAAUGGACCCAAGUGAGAGUUUAAAAAAUUCAGCAGGUCAAGCAACGUUUGUGAAGGUAAAAGAUGCAAGUCAAUGUUUUGGGUCAAGUCCCUGCAUCAAGGCCAAGACAGAAGAAGAAAGGUCAGCAGACGACACCAACACAAAAGGGGAUCGGACAAGGCUGGUAGGUGAUUGGUGGAAACUGAUGGGGAAAGGAUGAUGGGUGGAGGGAACGAGAUGGAGUGGGACAGAGUCUGGUUGGUAAUGGGUAGAAUCAUAGGGAGGGAUGAUGGCCAGGUGGAACCAGGUGAGGGGAUGGGGGUAGCAAAGGUGAAUAAAUGGACAGGAAAACUAGAUGGACAAGUGAGUGUGUGAGUGGAGGGCACAGGGAGUAACUUGUUGGCUCUGGAGCAAUCCAUAUUCCAAAACUAUUCAAGCAACCCCCCACCCCCCCAACAUCGGUAGUUACAUAAGUAAUGCUUCCUGUACUUGUCCCAAACUUGUCGAGUUCAUCACGUUUGUCACCAAUUUCUACACUCUCAAAUUCACCUGGAUCAUUUCUGAUACUUUUUCUAUAUCUCUCACUCUCCAUCUCAAGAGAUAGACCUGCCACCAACACGUCCAUGAACCCACCGACUCCCAAACCUACUCCAACUAUACCUCCUUUCACCCUGCCUCCUGUAAGGAUGCUGCCCAUAUUUUCCUUCAGAGUCUCUAUCUCCAGCAAUAUCUGUCCUCAAGACGAGCCUUCUGCUCAAGAGCUUCUUGAGUGUCUUCCAUUCCUCUGUAAGUUUGGCCUCUUCUUGUGUUCCUUGCUUGAUAGAGCCCUCAAUGCAUUACCUCCAUUUCUCGUGUCUGCUCACCAUUCCCCCCCCCCCCACUUCUCUCCAUAGAGAACAGCCAUAGUUCCUUCGUUCCUCAGUUUUACCAUACCAGCCCAUGCAUACAGUACAUUUUCCUCCACCAUAGCUCUAAUGUGACCCAACCCCCAGUCACAUCUUUCCCUCUUCCUUCCCACCCCACACUAUUCUGAUUUCCACAGAAACCACUCUCCUCGUGACUCCUCAGUUUCUUAAUUCCUCCCUAUCUAUGCCUCCCCAAGUCCUACCAACCUGUCCUUGUAUGCACCACCUGUCCCUUCACCUGCUCCUUCGUUGCCAUCCAAACAUCCCUUCAAAGUAAGGCAAAGAUUCACCUGCACCUCUUGCAACCUGGUCUACUGCAUUUGGUGCUCACUAUGUAGUCUCCGUAACAUUGGUGUAACCAAGCAUAGACGGGUUGACAUGCACACUGUCUGUAAUAGCGAUUUUGAGCAUUAUGUCAUUUUAACUCCUUCCCACUCCCACACCAACCUCUCCCUUCUCCAUUGAAACAGAGUGACAAAAUGCAUAUUUUAACAACACUAUCUCGUAUUCCACUUGGGUAACAAGCUGCCAAUGAUAUGAACUUUGAAAAAUCUUGAGGGGCAGAGAGAAAAUGAUUGCUCGCCAUCUUUGUUUAACAGGGCAAGGAUAUCUAAAGCUAAAGGGCAUCAUUUUAAGGUGAGAGGGGAAAGAUUUAAAGGGGACCCAGGGGCAGAUUUUUCUUCAUAUGGUGGUGGGUAUAUGGAACGAGCUACUAGAAGAAGUGGUAGAGGUGGUUAAAAUGACAACGUUU